AUGUACCAUGGAUCCUGGCAGUCUCCUGGGCUCAUCGCCUCCUUUGUCUACGCGUUCCGCAUCGACAUUGUAAACCCGGCGGUGCAGACGGCAUCCAACUUUUGGACUAUGACACUUCUGGAUCACUUCGCAGAGCCCAUCCCCUCCUUCAAUCUCUGGGCCUUCCCUGAGAUUACGUUGUCCACCUAUGCUCGCAACUCUGCUCCCAGUUGUUACCUGGGAGAUUGCGUGGGGGCCGGGGCCGGUGUGGCAAUCCCAGUCAAGAUCACGCUCAGGACGCAGAACGUGGUUUCCACUAAUGGGCAAAUCCACAUCACAGCUCCCCUGGAGUUUGGCUUCGACCCCACACCAACAGCGCCUCUCAUCGAGGGAGACAAGCAAACACCUUGCCAGAUCCGCGAAUACGACAACCACAACAUGUCGGCAAUACCAUACACCUGGCGGAUGGCAGAGAGGGAUUGUGUCAUUGUGGAUAGAGGCAAUCCACUUGAUGGAACCGGAACUGGCGAUACUCGGACGGUCCGCAUCAUCGUGCGCUACCAGUUCAACCCCGCUGAUCUCAGACCUCCAAAGGCGUUCCGGCCUGAUGCCACCUUCGUCCUCUACUUCUGGAUCCACCCUCCGAUGACCUUUCGCCCGGCAGAGGCCUGGAUGCUGGAAAGCUUCGGAUCGGCGGGGCAAGAGCUAGAUAUUGGCAGCGCCAUUGGUUGGGAGGUCAGGCGCGUGAUGACUCUAUUCGAGCACAGCAACACGGGGGGCGUCAACCAGUUCACGCAGACCAUUGUUCCAGCAGUGCCUCAGCCGCAUUCGAAUGGCCCAAUCUAG